AUGGAGACGACAACGGGCAGAAUUUCAAAGGCGGCAUUCGUUGGAUCCUCGUCGGCCUUUCUGGGAAUCUGCCUCAUCACAGUAGUCUUCCGUUGCUACAUCCGGUUUUGCAUACAGCGCGAGAUAGGAUGGGACGAUGGGUUCCUCAUCUUCGGCCUCUGCUGCCUCAUCGUAGGCAUGACACUCCUUUUCACAGUCAUAGAUACAAUGUAUGAAUCAGAGAACUUUGUCUUUGGGUCAGGCAUUGCCACGAUCAACCCUAUGGAGAUCCCAAACCUGCUCAAUCGAAUCGCCCAUUAUCGCACGAUGUCAGCUGUCGCUCUGAUGCUCAUGUGGCUCAGCAUGGGUUGCGUCAAGAUUUGCUUCUUGGCUUUCUUCAAGAAGUUGAUUCGCCAAAUGCCUGCGAUGAACAUCUUCUGGUGGUUCUCGCUUGUGUUCAAUGCAGCGGUCAUUGUCUAUGGAACUACGACGUAUUAUGUGACAUGUCCUUACUUCGGUCCUGAGAAGGUCUUCCAGAGUAUGCAAUGCGUGCAAGGAAGUGGACUCAAGCUGGCGCUCAGCUUUUCGAUAUCACAGAUGGCCCUUGAUAUUAUCGGCGACAUAUUCAUCUUAGUGAUUCCCGUGGUCCUGAUCUGGAAAAUUCGCAUCACCUGGAAGCAGAAGUUGGCGCUCGCUUUCACACUCUGCUUGACCAUAGUCAUGGUCAUCAUUACUAUUGCGCGGAUUGCCGGCCUCAAGUGGCGAGGCAAGCUCGACUCAAUCUGGGAAACCUACUUCAUCGUUAUCGCAGCAGAAAUCGGGUUAUCACUUGUCGCUGUCUCAGCGUUUCGUGCUCUUUACGUAUCGAAGUCGAAGGACCGCCACGUGAAUAAGACGAUUACUUCAUUCAGAUGGUACAACAAAGGACAUGCUGCGGUAUGGAAUAUCAUCACCAAGACAACUGGUAAAACUACAUCUGUGGAGAUGCAGAAGAGAGGUGAUGGUUUCCUGAAGGAUGACAUUCCACAUGGUACCAUGACAGGUAUGAGAACAUUCAUCGAUGCGAAUGGAAGAACAAGAAUAUACGAUACCAUGGAUGAAGAGAGGUCCAUGGAUUAUUCGAGUGUGAGUGAGCAGAGGGGCGGUCCCAACGUCUAG